AUGGACUUCGGCCCAUACGACCCGAAAUUAGUUCAGAAACCAGGUCAACAUAAGGAUAAGUUCAUCUUCAACGUGAUUGCUGACGAUAAUGGUAUUCCAGAAGCACAGCGUUCAACAGUUCAGGUGACCAUAAAAGUCCAUGAGAAGCAACAAUCGGCCCCUCGUUGGCAGACGAGUCCCGACUGUAAACCGGAGGUGACCGUGGUCGUUGAAAAUGGCGAGGAUAAUGUGUACUGCUUUUUUAGGUUGACCAAUGGUGGUAUUAUGAGGCCAGGUAAAGCGGAUGCGAAAUUCCGUCAAUUUAACAAAAUCGAGGAUGGGCGAGAAUGGGUAGAGGUUGUGAUCAUGGAACCGCUUGACUAUGAACAGGCUCAAAACUAUACCCUCACGCUCACCGCUACGGACGUGAACUCACAUGUGUCGUCAUCACGAUCAUUCACGGUACUUGUGAAGGACGUAAAUGACGUCGUGCCACAGUUUACGGUGGAUCUCUUCACAGGAACGAUUGACGAGGAGCUUACACCAGCUGAGUAUCUGGAAAGAUUCGAUCGAAAGCCGAUAACUACGGUGAAAGCGGUCGACACAGAUUCUGACGGUCCACAGAAUGAGAUCCACUACCGCAUUCUUGAUGUGCCAGAUCCCAUGGGAGCACGGUUGUUCCGUAUUGACGAGUUGACUGGUGAAAUUUGGCCAAAUGCCAAAUUUGAUCGUGAACAAAAGGAUAUGUACAUUCUUACCGUGGAAGCUCGAGACAAUCUACCAUCCGCUCUACCAGGAGCCGUGGGCCCAAACAAAGGAACCCACUCGACUAUGAACAGGAAUCGGUCUAUUCAACUACGGUUGCUGGUCUCUGAUGGUCGUCACAAUGCAUCGACUGAUGUGUUCAUCUAUGUUGAAGAUGUUAACGACAAUGCCCCCGUCUUUGAACAGCCAAGUUAUUCGACAACCAUCCUUGAAGAGGACCCUGAUAUACCGAAAGUUCUCUUCCAUGUGAAAGCUACCGAUGCAGAUAAGGAUGAAAAGAGCCGUCGUAUAAUCUACUUGCUGGAGGGACAAGGUGCUGGCGAAUUCUUCAGAAUCGGUCGAGAAACAGGCGAGAUCGAGCUCGUCAAGGCACUGGAUCGUGAUCCACCAAAUGGAGUUCCAACAUGGAAUUUCAUCGUUCAAGCUAUCGAUGACGAUGGCCGUGGUCUGAUAGGUUACGUUACGCCGACGUACAGUUUAACAAUCUCUUUGAAUUUUCAACAUGGGAGACCUAUGGGGAGAGGAGUUUGUCCGCUCCUCCAUUUUCCUCAAGCUCCUGAUGGUGUGUACUUCAUGGACGUACGAGCAACUGAUUACGAUGAUCCAACCACUGACAAUGCCCGUCUCGCGUACAGUAUCGUGUUGAAUAAGGAGAUCGACGGUUUGCCAGUGUUUCGGAUCGAUCCCAAUUCCGGAAAGAUUUUCGCGAUGCGGGCUCUGGAUCGUGAACUGCCAUCAGAACGUGAGUUCGUCAUCGAAGUUCGUGCAACCGACCAUGGUACACCGCCCAGAGAAGGUGCCGCGAACGUGACAAUAAAGGUAUUGGACAAAAAUGACAACGCUCCUAUGUUUGAACGACCGCAGUACGAUGUGAGAGUUAUGGAGACGGCACCAGUCGGUUCGGCGGUGAUAAGUGUUUCCGCUACGGAUCCAGACGAUGAGGCCAUUGACAACCUCUUCACCUACACAUUGGCCGAUGACUCGAAAAUACUUCUACAUGACGACCGAUCGCGACUCGAGUGA